GAAAAUCAUAAAAAAAAACGGAUUCGUAUUCCUCCGCACUUAACCUGACUGUAAAGGUCAAUAACACAGCUAUGGAAACUUUGUCUUUCCCCCUUGAGAACGUGACCGCUGGCAUUUACCUGAAAUUCUUCCAUUGCAGAGUCAAAGGCGUCAUUUAUCAACCCAACACAGUGCUUGAUACUGACCCGGCUGCCUGCCGCCAUCAAAUCUGUGACGCUGCCUCGGUCGUCCAGACGACAACUUGUGGUUACUCGGAGCUUUGCGAGGGAAACUUCACGUGCGUUCCUCGCCCUCCAGUCGUGUGCACCGUCGUUGGAUCCACUGUGAUCGACUUCUUCAACAGAACCCACUCUAUCCCGGAUCGCUGUAAAUACAACCUGUUUGGUCUCAAUGCAUCCCUGACAGAGAGUGUCAUAGUGGGUUUCCGGGAGCAACGCCGUAGAGAUGUGCCAUUGUUGGACCAUGUAACAAUAAAUUAUAAUCGGGAAAAAUUUACCCUGGAACAAGGAGGAAGAGUUUUGGGCCGUAAAAACAUGUUGAUGCUCAACGCCACGGCUCAGCUGUUUAAUGGAGUGGAGCUCUCAAAGGACCACGCUGGAGUUGCUGUCAAGUGGCUUUCCCACAAUGUCGAAAUCUUUUUUGAUGGCAGCAUGGUACACAUUGCAGCACCAUUCGAUUUAGCUGCAGUGGGCUUGUGUGGCAACCCCACUGAUAACACGGAAACAACCCGCCCAGCUGUUUCGAAGAACAUCGCGGCCAGUGCUGCAGACUGUGCAACUCCACACAAAGACGCCAUCGACAGUACAAUCAACUGCAACCGCUCGACUGAACUCUGUAACCACAUGAUGCACGCUCCUUUCACUCCGUGCCACGCCGAAAUUGACCCACAGCGCUACAUCAGCGCCUGCAUAGACACCUUGUGCAGGUACCCGGCGGUGGACGGCCACAAGUGCCACUUUAUGGAGGCUUACGCCAAGUCCUGCAGCCUGAAAAACAUCGAUCUUGGGAGCUGGAGGUCAAUGGCCAGCUGCCCUGCCGUCCCUCAGACCUUCCACUGUCUGCGCCAUUACUGCAGCGAUCAUGAGUUCUGCGGCAUCCAAUACGGACAAACUCACUGCUUAUGUCGGGCCGACUUCGCCGCCAAGUACAAACCAAAAAACACUUUAGGUGAUCCGACAGUCUGCUCACAAAACUCUGCCACUCUUACUCUGGCUGGAUGCCUGCUGGAGGACAAAGGCAUCGACUACACCGUCUUGCACCUCAAUGACCCGAGCUGCAGAGGUAACAUGGACCCCAAGAGCCACAUGGUGACCUUCGAAUACGACGCCAUGAACACCUGCGGGACGGAGGUCACGAUGAACAACCACAGUCAAGUCAUCUACACCAACACCAUCAAGAUGAGGAACGGCUCCAAUGACAUCAUCGUCCGCCACGACCAAGUAGAGAUCGACUUCUCCUGCAUGUACAGAAAGCCGGACAUUGAGAGUGUGUCCUUCAGGAUCGCAGACAGCUCUGUGGUGCAGAAGAUUAAAUCUUCAAUUUGGAAUUACACUUUGACGAUGAGCGCCUACUCCAACGCCGGCCUCACCAACCUCAUCAGCCCAAACACUGACAUCCAGCUGAACCAGAAGGUGUGGCUGGAGCUGAAGACGACGGGGCUUGACGACAGCAUGGUCUCCAUAGUAACAGACUCCUGCUGGGCAACAAACCAGCCGUCCGCUGUUGGUGGUCUGCAUUACGACCUCGUCAAGAACGGAUGUCCUGACGACCCGACGGUGGAGGUGGAGAGAAGCGGACGGGACACGACCAACAUCGUCGCGUUCAACAUGUUCCAGUUCUCUGGGCAAACUGGACAGAUCUACCUGCACUGCAAACUGGAGCUGUGCAUCAAGUCGACCAACACCUGCGCUCCGGUCUGCGGCGGAUCUCGUAGGAGGCGCAGGUCUUCCAGGUCUAGCUACGUGGAUGAAAACCCAGCGCUCAUCACCAUGAGCUGGAGUAAUUAAAGAGAGCUUGGUGACUUCGUCCCUAUAAGGAGCCUGAAACCUCAGAGUUUGAAGUGAUCGUUGCUGCGAAACAACGCUGGCAGAUAAUCUGCACUUGAUCCACCUGAGAUGGCGUAUAUUAUCUCUGCAGAAUGUGUGGGGUGAUGAUUCAAUCCAGAUUCAUGCAAAUUAGUGUGAGAUUUAGAAAUCAAAUAUAAUCUUUCGAUUAAUCAUAGAAAUGAAGAAAAAUCAUCAAAUCAGGGUUAUGGCGAUUUGAUUCAUAGUAUGCACUAACUUAUACGAAUAUAGUUUCUUUAUUAAUGGUAUGUAAACUGCCUUCUUUAAAUGUACACAGCCGAAAUGCCACUUUGUGGAUGUAGAAACAGAAUUUCUGUGUUUUAGUGACAUGAAGUUAAAAGAAAUGUGUGUGUUUCAGUGCAAUGACGCUCUGCAUCGCAAAGGUUUAGAGAUCCAGCUGAAGGAAAACAAUGAUGUUGCUACAAAUUGAAUUUAUUACAAAUGAAGAUUUUGAAAUUGUGGCUGUUAUUACUCUGAGAUGUGCUGUUGUACCAUUAUUGAGUUUUUACUAACACCCAAAAAAAAAAGAAAAUAAAUAAAUAAAUGGA